AUGGGGGAUGACAUCGAACUUGGAGGCUUUCGCAUGGCUUCGGAACUCGUGAAUUGGGAGCAAUAUCACGGACUUAGGGGCGCCUCGUUCGCUCGCCAGGAGAAGAAUGAAAUGGCGUGGUGUCCGGACCCUCAGGCCUUUAAACACCGUCCUAAAGAGGAUUACGAAUGGUCAAGCGACGAGGAGGACUUCUUCGCCGACUUAUGGGACGACAGGAUUGUGAGUGAAUCGGCGCGGAGCGAUUUACUAGCCAUUCGCAGAAGCAUUGUGAUGAAUCAACUAUAG